UAUUUGCUCAGGUGAAAGUUGGUUUGUCGCUGUUUAGUUCGUAGCUUAAGGUUGGUUGUUCUGUACACACAUUUGGACCAAAACAAUUGCAAUCAAUCAAUUAAAUAUUAAAUUUUUCUUAAUAUAAAUACAAGUAUUUGAAGCAAUUCAAAAUGUUCAUAGAAACCUGCAUAGCACCAGUGAAUAUAGCUUUAAUUAAAUAUUGGGGCAAAAGAGAUGAGGAACUGAUUUUGCCCAUUAACGACUCCUUAAGCAUGACUUUAAGUACUGAUGAGAUGUGUGCCAAGACCACCGCCUCAGCAUGUGCAACCUACAAGGAGCAUAGAAUGUGGCUCAAUGGUGAAGAGGUGCCGUUUGAAGAUAAUCCUCGUAUAAUGAGAUGCCUAAAAGCCUUACAGCGACUGGCUUUGGCUAAAUGUGAAUCAUUGAAAUUUCCCCUUGAAUGGAAGCUGCACAUAGUAUCUCGUAACAACUUCCCAACUGCAGCUGGUUUGGCUUCCAGUGCCGCUGGUUAUGCCUGCUUGGUUUACACCUUGGCCUCUCUCUAUGGUGUUCAAGACGAAGAGUUGACGGCAAUCGCUCGUCAAGGAAGCGGCUCAGCUUGUCGUAGUUUACAUGGUGGUUUUGUUCGUUGGCACAAGGGCGAAGCUUCAGAUGGCACCGACUCCAUAGCAUUGCCGGUGGUAACCUCGAAUCAUUGGCCCAAUAUGCAUGUGCUGAUAUUGGUGGUAAAUGAUGCUCGAAAAAAGACCAGUUCUACCAAAGGUAUGCAGAGGGCUGUGGAAACUUCGGAUUUAAUCAAGUAUCGUGCUAAACAAUGUGUGCCCGAGCGCAUAAACGCAAUUACAGAGGCAAUAAAGCAGCGCGACUUUCAAACUUUUGCUAAAAUCACCAUGCAAGAUUCAAAUCAAUUCCAUGCCAUUGCCCUGGACACAUAUCCUCCUUGUGUGUACAUGAAUGAUGUUUCGCAUGCCAUUGUGGCAUUUGUGCAUGCCUACAAUGCCGCUGUAGGUCAAACACGAGUUGCAUACACCUUUGAUGCCGGACCCAAUGCUUGUUUGUAUGUUCUCAAAGAACAUGUAUCGUCUGUGGUGCAAGCCGUACAAACUUCAUUUCCCAAUGAUGCAGCCUCCAGUGUAGAGUAUGUGAAGGGUAUACCCGUAGACGAAGAAGCAUCACCCUCCGCAUCACCAACAGAUGCCAUACUCAAUGGCAACUUUGUGUUGCCCACUAAUGAACAUAAUCUUCUCAAAUACAUCAUACACACGAAAGUGGGUGCGGGACCACAACGUUUGGCUAAAACCGAUAGCCUUCUGAACUCCUCAACGGGUCUUCCAUUUUAAUUAUAGUCAACGAUUGUAAAAUCAAAAUACAGGUUUCUGUACAAAAAGGCGGACCGAAAAGCAUCCGCAUCUCUUUUAGAUAAACUCCCACAACGUAGCAAACCAUAGGAAACAAUGAGUGAAAAAAUAAUAUCAGUGAAAUAAACUCUGACGAAACCAAAAACGCUUCAUAGUAAACAAUGACAAUAACGAAACAAUUUUUAUAGCUUCUUAUUAAAGACAACAAUCGAAUAGUAUUAAUUAUACCAUAACCUAUUACCAUAAGAAAUCUCGCAAAACAAAACGUAUUCCAUUAAUUGUGGCUUAGGACUCUCGUAUUUUUUUAAUUUGAAAAAAAAAAAACCGAUUCAAAUAAAGACGCUUCGCUUCAACUCUGUAUAUAAAGUUAAGUAGAACGAAUACUAUUAGAUGCAAAGCAAAUAAUUCAAA